AACUCAUCAAACAACAUUGUACGUACCAAAAGUGACAAAUGUCAUCUUGCCGUUGAUUGAAUUUGAACCCAUAAAUCUUUGGUUCUACUCUCGCUAGAUGGCUAGAUAGAUCUACCUCCUUCAAAUGCCAUUAUUUUCAUUUUCAUUUUCUUUACAUAAAAACCUGAACCUGGAACUAAACAUUUUCAUUUCAGAAGUUUUAUUCUUUUAUUACAAAGAUACCAAAUGAGAGAUUUCUUUUUCAGUUUAACGUUUUUCAUUGUUUGGUUCAUAACCCAGCUUUGCAUCUCUACCUCGACGAAGAACAGUGCUACUCCUCCCCCUCUUCUUCUCGCUUUGCCUCUCAAAACUCAACAAAUACCAUCUGGGUCUUUCCCCAGAUCACCCAAUAAGCUUCAUUUUCGCCACAAUGUCAGCUUGACUGUAUCUCUUACCGUGGGCUCGCCUCCACAGAAUGUUACCAUGGUCAUUGAUACAGGCAGUGAGCUCUCUUGGCUCAACUGUAAUAAAACAGAGAAGUUCCCAUUAACUUUCGACCCGACCCGCUCUUCAUCUUACUCUCCGGUUCAAUGUUCUUCGCCAACUUGUACGAACCGGACCCAAGACUUCACCAUCCCAGCUUCGUGUGACUCCAGAAACCUCUGCCACGCCACACUUUCCUACGCCGAUUUCUCCUCAUCCGAAGGAAACCUCGCCGCCGAUACUUUCCAUAUCGGAUCAUCCGAAAUACCGGGUUUGGUUUUCGGGUGUAUGGGCUCAAGCUUCAGCUCCAACUCCGAAGAGGACUCGAAGAACACCGGACUAAUGGGUAUGAACCUAGGUUCUCUUUCCUUCGUUUCCCAAAUGGCUUUCCCCAAAUUCUCGUACUGCAUUUCGGGUUCGGAUUUCUCAGGUCUACUACUUCUCGGCGACUCGUCCAAUUUCUCGUGGAUAUCGCCUUUAAAUUACACACCUCUAGUCAAAAUCUCGACGCCGCUACCGUACUUCGACCGGGUCGCUUACACCGUCCAGUUGAUCGGGAUAAAAGUAUCGGGUAAACUGUUGCAGAUACCAAAAUCCGUUUUCGAACCCGAUCAUACAGGGGCGGGUCAAACCAUGGUUGAUUCGGGCACACAGUUCACGUUCCUACUCGGCCCUGCUUACACUGCUCUAAGAGAAGCGUUUUUGAAGGAAACCACAGGCGUUUUGAGAGUCUUGGAAGAUUCGAAUUUUGUGUUUCAAGGAGCUAUGGAUUUGUGUUUCCGGGUCCCACUCGGUAACCCGAAACUGCCCCGAUUGCCCACCGUGAGCUUGGUUUUUGAAGGAGCUGAGAUGGUUGUGUCGGGUAAGAGCAUUCUUUAUCGGGUUCCGGGUGAAGUGAGGGAAAAUGAUUCGGUGCAUUGCUUCACAUUUGGGAACUCUGACCUGUUAGGUAUGGAAGCGUAUCUGAUUGGUCAUCACCAUCAGCAAAAUAUGUGGAUGGAAUUUGAUCUUCAUAAAUCAAGAAUCGGACUGGCCCAGACACAGUGUGAUAUGGCCUUUCAGAGAUUGAGUUUGGGCGCGUAGGAAACACGCUCCCAGUUUUGUACUAUUUUUUGACCGGGUUUGUUAGGUACGUGUUGUGAUGGCGCGUGUGAGAAAGGAUUAUCGUGUGGAGCAGUGUACCGUCCUUUACUGUGGCCCUGCGAGGAAGUUCGAGUUCACUGUUUAUUUACUUGAGCAACGGUGGAAGUCUGGACGAUGAAUAUAAUCGGGAUUUGGGAGGAUAUAUAUAAAUUUUAUUAUUAUUAUUAGGUAAAUUAAUUAUCAUUAAUAUAUGUUAUCUCUCUGUUAAUCGAUAUAUACAUUCUUAUGUUUUUAUUGUGUGCACAUCAGUUAUUACAAAGUUACAAUCUCA